AUGGGGCUCCAGGUUCUGGUCUUGACUUCUCUGGCUGCUUCUAUGGCAUGGGCAGGGCAUCUGUCUGAACCACCUGUGGUGAACACCAGGCAGGGCAAAGUCCUGGGGAAGUUUGUCAGCUUAGAAGGAGUUGCACAGCCCGUGGCCGUCUUCCUCGGAAUCCCCUUUGCCAAGCCCCCGCUGGGAUCCCUGAGGUUUGCACCACCAGAGCCUGCAGAGCCAUGGAGCUACGUGAAGAACACCACCUCCUACCCACCCAUGUGCUCCCAGAUCACAGGGGCAGGGCCAGUGCUCUCAGAAGUGUUUGCUAACAGACUGGAGAACGUUUCUCUCGUGUACUCAGAAGACUGCCUUUACCUGAAUAUUUACACUCCUACAGACUUGACGGAGAAAACCAGACUGCCAGUCAUGGUGUGGAUCCAUGGAGGUGGGUUACUGUCAGGUGGUGCAUCAAUCUAUGAUGGUGUCGCCCUCUCUUCCCAUGAGAAUGUGGUGGUGGUGAUCAUUCAGUAUCGCUUGGGCAUCUGGGGAUUCCUCAGCACAGGAGAUGAACACAGCCGAGGGAACUGGGGUCACUGGGACCAGGUGGCUGCACUGCGCUGGGUCCAGGACAACAUUGUCAACUUUGGAGGGGACCCAGGCUCUGUGACCAUCUUUGGAGAGUCAGCAGGAGCUGAAAGUGUCUCUGUUCUUGUUCUAACUUCGUUGGCCAAGAACCUCUUCCACAGGGCCAUUUCUGAGAGUGGCGUGGUCCUCACUCCCUGUCUAUUCAGGAAGGACACCAGACUGGCUGCUAAGCAAGUUGCUAUCGCUGCAGGUUGUAACACUACAACCUCGGAUGCCUUGGUUCACUGCCUGCGUCAGAAGACAGAGAAUGAGCUCUUGGAGGCAACAUGGAAAAUGAAAUUUUUCACUCUCAAUUUACUUGGAGACCCCAAACAGAGCUUCCCGUUCCUGCCCACUGUGAUUGAUGGAGUGCUACUGCCCAAGGCACCUGAAGAGAUUUUGGCAGAGAAGAAAUUCAACAAGGUCCCUUACAUUGUGGGAAUCAACAAGCAAGAGUUUGGCUGGUAUAUUCCAACGGCUAUGGGAUAUCCAUUCUCUGAAGGAACGCUGGACCAGGAGACGGCCACAGAAAUCUUGUGGAAAUCUUACCCUGUUGUUAACAUCUCUAAGGAACUGACUUCUGUGGCCACUGAGAAGUACUUAGGAGAGACAAAGUGCCAUGCCAGAAAGUUAGACAAGUUCCUGGCCUUGGUUUCAGAUGUGCUGUUUGGUGUCCCAUCUGUGAUCGUGGCUCGUCGCCACAGAGAUGCAGGGGCCCCCACCUACAUGUAUGAGUUUCAGUAUCGUCCAAGCUUCUCAUCGAUCAUGAAGCCCAAGACAGUGGUAGCAGACCAUGGCGACGAGGUUUACUCUGUUUUGGGAACUCCAUUCUUGAAAGAAGGUGCUUCAGAAGAGGAGAUCCAACUCAGCAAAAUGGUGAUGAAGUUCUGGGCCAACUUUGCUCGGAAUGGGAAUCCCAAUGGGGACAGGCUGCCCCAUUGGCCAGAAUAUGACCAGAAGGAAGGGUAUCUGCAAAUUGGUGCCAUCACCCAGGCAGCCCAGAAACUCAAAGACAAGGAAGUAACUUUCUGGACUGAGCUUCUGGCCCAGCAGGUGCAGGAGAAGUUACCCUAGACUGAACAUACUGAGUGGUGAAUGGGAGGCCAAGCCAGACUCAUGAAUCUAAAGGAAUCCAGACUGUGACAUUGUACAGCAGUUUGCGGAGCAACAUCUUGAGGACUUGUGAGAGGCAGAGGCCAGGA